GUCAGUUGGAUGCAUCUAUGGAACACGACACGUGAACAAAUUGGCUGACUGUCAUGUCGUCCUGUAUCAAUCACCCAAACAAACCAUGCGCACAUCACAUGCUCGAAGGGGAUGAACGCCCUCACAUCACAGGCAGGGCAGGACCAAUCUGCUCGCCUGACUCACCAUCCAUCCAUCCAUCCAUUACUCACAGCACGCUGUUAUGUUACCACCAACUCACGCACCGCACCCAUCACAGACAUGAAUAUGCGGGUUCAGUGCUGCCCAAAAUACUGCCCAUAGUGCUGGCCGUAGUGCUGGCCAUAAGGCUGCCCAUGCCCAUAGUGCUGCUGCUGCUGCUGCUGCUGAUGGCGUUGAUAGUGUUGUUGGGGGGUGCCCGUUUGCAGGGGGGCCGCCUGGUGCUGCUGGUGCUGGUGUUGAUGCUGCUGCUGGUGUUGGGUGAAAGGAUGCGGUGGAAGGGCUUGAGGCGAAGGCCCAACGUAGCCGCCCUCCAUCAGUGGAUACGGCGGGAAGAAGGGCGCACUCUGCUCAGCCGCAGGUGGGGGGUGGGGGAAGGGUUGCUGCGUGCCGCCCCCCUCGUAGCUCGGUGGCGGUGUUGCUUGGGCCUGUGCCUGGCUGGCGGAUGGGGAGAGGGACGCAGGUGUGGUGCCGGCCUCCACGGCCGCGUUUAGGUACUGCUCCUCUCCCUUCUUGACGGUGACCUUGAGUCUCUUGCCGCCGACGCUGAAGCCGUUCAUGGUCUUGAUGGCCGCACGCGCACCGUCAGGAUGGUCAUAACACACAAACCUGUCGGACAGGGGUGGGAAGAGAGGACCGACAAAGCACAGAGUGAAUCCAGGGCCGCAAUUAAUGUUGUUGCCAGGGUGGAGCUGUGGGUACUGGUGCCCACCCGUAUCCUCUGCUGCGCCCUGAGUCUUUGUCAGUCUGCACACGCGCAGAGAUCACGCGACCGAAUGACUUGAAAUGCUGACAGACAGACAAACAGACAAACAGACAAACAGACGAACACGCAAUCAGCCGACGACACACACAGCGAUGCAUGGUGUGGACGCAAUUCCCACCGUGAAGAGGUCGUAGUCGCGCCAUUCGUUUGGCAGGUGGAAGACGAAGAGGUUGGCGCCCAGCGGCCCAUGCGCCCCCAUCGGUAGUUCCGCCUCAGACGACCCAACGCUCGGCGGCCGGUCGCUGGUGCUGUCGUCGCCCGUGACGUAAGGUGGGCUCUGCGCGUCAAAGUCCGCCGGCCGGUCCCACUGGGACAUGCGAGACAGGGUGUUGAAGUAAUACGGCACACCUGAAACGAACGAACGGAGGCACAAGAUACAUGCAUCUCUUCCGUCUAGGUGCUCUCUCUCUCUCUGGGCUGUGUGUGUACCUUCUGAUGUUUCGUAUCUGAUCCAGAGGGGGGGCCGCCCCUCGGGGGCGGAUGGCUGCCCCAGGAGCUCGGAGGGGACGUCGCUGCCGUAGGGAGGGGGCGGGUACACCACUGGGUAGGACGGCGACGCCUCCUCUGCAUCGACACACCAACACACGGACAUCACAUAUAUACAUACAUCACUAUCAAUAAGUGGGGUGUCACUCACUGCUGGCCAUUCAUUCCUGUUGUGGACUGGACUAACCUGCCUCCUGCUCUUCUAAGACGAGCAUCUGCUGCUGACGGCCACCUGCCUGCCCUGUGGGCUCGUCUGCGGGCUGCGUCAAUGGCUGCUCCGCCUCGCCUUCCGAGACGGUCGGGACGAACUGGGCGCGACGGAUGGACUGCGCAUAACGGACCUCGACUGGCUGGGAGGCGCCUGCACACACACACGAGUGAGGACCCGUGAGCAACAACCGCGUGGUUCUGACUUCAUGAGUCGCGACGGUAGGCUGACCUCUGAAUGUCUGUCUGCCGUCCAGGUUUGUGAUGGCGGCGUGGGCCUCGUCGGCGUGUCUGUACUCCACAAACGCCCACCCUGCGGACGGACACCACACCACACCACACCACACAAAGCACACAAAGCUUCACACCAAGCCAAGAGACCUCUGUCUGUCUGCCUACUUCUGUCUGUGCUGUGAGCCUCGCUCGUGUUCGUGUCGUGUGGUGUGGUCCACACCUCCCUCACCUCUCUCGCCUCCGUGUUCGUCGUGCAUGUAGAAGAGGGAGUCGACAGUGCCGUACCGACGACACACACCCAUCAGAUCGCGGUUGCGGAUGCCGCUCGGAAUGUGACCUUCGGGAGGGACCAGCAACGGAAGAAGAACGCCGAAAUGACUCACUACUCCCACAUCAAGAUGUGCGCCUUCUCCUACCGAUGAAGAGCUUUUUCUGCGCUAGGUCGUCAUCCGUUGGCUCCGCAGUCGGGUCCGCCUGGCGCCUGGCACCUCCGGGGUCUCUCCUCUCCUGCUCGUCCGCUGUGAAGAGCGGGACCGAUGCGGCCCGUGCUGGCGCAGACACGUCGGCCGUGUCGACCUCAUGGCUGCCGCCGGGGUCAGAGUAGGUCAGUGAGGCGUGCCGCUCGGUCCUGUGUUGGGUGGGAAGGGGCGGCAGUUCCAUCCGCUGCCGGGCAUGGUGCUGGUGCACUGCAGGUGGACUGCCCGGCGGGGGCCUGACCCAGCUGAUAUCCAGCGUGUGGUCAACGACGACAAACUACCCACAAAGAGCAGGGAGGGAAUGAGAGAGGCAAUCUGCCUGCCGCGUCGUGUGCGUUGAUUGACAGUGUGCGGGAUGAAUUGCUCACUGAGCCGCCGUAUUGGUCGUCAGGCAGGACGGAUGGUGAGAACGGUGAAGGGCUGCCGCUGUCUGACAGAGCUCCUCGCCCGUCAGGCAUGGCAGCAUCGCACCUGCUGCUGGAACUCGACGACUGCAUAAAGCGAUAGAUGACAGAUCCAAGCGAGAAACCAUUCUCUGCCUCUAUUGCAAGUCCUGCGGCUCACGUGAAGCUGGCUGCAAGCGAAAGAUGAGGCCGCAGGACUUUUCCGCCGAAAACGAAAGGCGAUCCUAGCUUGCGAGCUGUUGAAGGGAUGGCAAAGCAGCCAAACAGCCUGUUUCAACGUGCGCCUCAGUAACUCGGUGACCGGCAUCACAAACACCUGACGCGGAGGUUUCCCGGCGCUGAUCAUCGGCUCGUCUCCCCCCGUGUGGAGGGAGCAACAAGCCGACAACACGGGAGGCCUUGACUCAGCGAGAC